AUGUCUCUGCAUCAAGACUUCGGACGGCCAUUGCGUGUUUAUACUGGUCUACGUGGACGACGUCUUGGUGACUGGAAGCUCGCUCGAGCUGAUUGCACAAACCAAGAACGACCUGAAGACGCGCGUCGGUAUGUCGAUGAUAUCCUCAAGCGCUUUGGCAUGGAUGAUUGCAAGGCAGUCGCAAGUCCAGUCGACAUGAGCUCUCGACUUGUUUCAAGUGAUGCAACUACCAAGGUCGAUGCUCCUUUUCGCGAAGCUGUUGGUGCGUUGAUGCACCUGACCACUGCAACGCGUCCGGACAUUGCGUUUGCUGUGGGCUAUGUGUCGCGGUUCAUGGAAAAUCCCCAAGAAGAACACUGGGUUGCAGUUAAGCGUAUCUUUCGCUACCUACAAGGCACCAAGACGCAUGGAAUUUGCUACAAGCCAAGUGCAAGGAUCGACUUCCGUGGAUAUUCGGAUGCGGAUUGGGCUGGUGAUCUUACCGACCGCAAGUCAACAUCGGGGUACACGUUCAUGCUACUCGGUGCGCCAGUCAGUUGGGGCAGCAAGAAGCAGCCAAGUGUUUCGUUGUCCACGAGUGAAGCCGAAUACAUCGCACUCAGCUUGGCGAUUCAAGAGGGCAAGUGGAUUCAUCGUCUGCUUUGUGAGAUCGUGAUGGCUGCCAAUGAAGAAGGACCGGAACUCAUGAUCCAUGAAGACAAUCAGUCGUGUAUCAAGAUGACGAAGAACCCAGUCAACCACGGCCGUGCCAAGCACAUUGAUAUCAAGUACCAUCACAUCCGUGAUGAGGUCAAGCGCGGUGAAGUGAAGCUCAAGUACUGUGAAACUGCGGUGAUGUUAGCGGACAUCAUGACGAAGGGACUUCACGGGCCACGCCACAAGGAGAUGACGGCGACUCUCGGGAUUCGUGAGCAUUCGGAUUGA